AUGAGGAAGAGGGACUACGAUAAGCUCAAUAUUCAAAUACAUCAAAUGUAUGAUAACAUGUCUAACAAUAAAUUCAAAAUUCAGGACAUAAAAACAGCAACAAUGCUCAAUCAGGAUACGAAGAGGAUAAAGUCCGAGGUGCACGAAGGCUUCUCACAAAACUGGGCUCUAGCUGAACAUUAUUUUGACAACCCAGAACCUAUCUGGGAUAUGCUUAGAAGAACAUUCGUCGACGUAAGCCUAGAACCCUACCCGCGCGAAGACUUUUGGAAAAUGCACCUCGAUUUCCGACCAUUGAGCAGUUGGCAGCCGAGUAUUGGGCCGAAGAGGCCCGAAAGGCAGCGUUAA